CUGAUGUUCAAUAUAGAAGUACAAACAAAUUAUCGAUUAUGUCGUGUUUUAAAUUUUGAUCGGGCAAUCGCUUCUGAGAAAUUGACCUCCAAUAUAAAAGACAUUAAUAGUUUAAUUUUAAGAUUUGGUGAUGAUUUAGUGUUUUCUCAUCAAGGAAGAGAUGGUAUAAUAAUUCCUGGGUUAACACGGAGAUGA